AUGUUUCGCAGAAUUGCUUAUGUAGCACCUCGUAGAGCUUUGACUACCAGAGCUUCAAUCAUUACCACUCGGCAUCUAUCUGCCUUAAGUUGUAGGAUGUCUGUCUUGAAAGCUCUUAAUGACCCAAUAUCGAGACCUCUAGCAUCUGAUUCAUUUCAGCUUGUACCAGAAUCGCAGAAAGCCGGCGCGGCCGAGGACCAAUUAUACGAACAACAGAUUAAGGAAGUGGAAACAUGGUGGAACAGCCUAAGAUUUGAAGGAAUUAAGAGACCAUACUCUGCGGCAGAUGUUGUAUCGAAGCGCGGAAGCCAGCAGCAAUCAUAUCCAAGUUCUGUUAUGGCCAGAAAGUUAUUUAACUUAUUAAAAGAGAGGGAGGCAGAGGGGAAGCCGAUACACACAAUGGGUGCCAUUGAUCCUGUACAAAUGACCCAACAAGCUGCAAAUCAGGAAGUCCUGUAUAUUUCUGGCUGGGCAUGUUCCUCUGUUCUUACAACCACAAACGAAGUAUCCCCGGAUCUUGGUGACUAUCCUUACAAUACUGUACCCAAUCAAGUCCAACGGCUCGCAAAGGCGCAAUCGAUGCACGAUCGAAAACAAUGGGAUGCGAGAAGAAAUAUGAGUAAAGAAGAGCGGGCAAAAACACCAUACACGGAUUAUUUAAGGCCGAUUAUCGCAGAUGGAGACACUGGACACGGCGGGCUCUCUGCUGUAUUGAAGCUUGCGAAACUGUUUGCAGAGAAUGGGGCUGCCGCUGUGCACUUUGAAGAUCAAAUGCACGGUGGGAAAAAAUGCGGACAUCUUGCUGGCAAGGUUCUAGUGCCCGUUGGUGAACACAUCAAUCGUUUAGUGGCUGCCAGAUUUCAAUGGGAUGUUAUGGGCUCAGAAAAUUUGGUCAUCGCACGAACGGACUCCGAGAGUGGCAGACUUCUUAGCAGUGCGAUUGAUGUUCGGGAUCAUGAAUUUAUUAAAGGCGUUACAGAAGACGGCAUCGAAUCUUUAGCGGAGACCUUACAGGCCAUGGAAUCAUCUGGAGCAACAGGCGCUGAAAUUGAUACAUUUGAAGCUGAGUGGGUCAAGAAAACAGAACUCGUGACAUGUGAUGAAGCCGUUAUCAAGCAAUUGAAAGAACAAGGUGUGGCGCAAUCGACUAUCAAUGAGUACCUUGAGGCCACUAGGAAAGAUCGAAAUAUGUCAAUCACGAGACGCAAGCAGCUUGCUUCAACAUACAGCAAUAAACCAAUUAUAUUCAAUAUCGACAUACCUCGGACACGGGAAGGCUUUUACCAUUACAAAGCUGGUAUGGAAGCUGCCACCAAACGAGCGAUUCAAUAUGCACCAUACGCUGACCUCCUGUGGGUUGAAACCGGAGAUCCAAACGUCAAGAACGCAGCACAAUUUUCAGGGGAAAUUCGUGCCAAAUACCCGGGUAAGGGACUCGUCUACAACCUUUCUCCUUCCUUUAACUGGAUGGGCCAAGGUUUCACCGAUGAAACUCUGAAAUCUUUCAUUUGGGAUAUUGCGAAGCAUGGAUUCGUUUUACAACUGAUCUCACUUGCCGGGCUUCAUUCUACUGCGACAAUUACGAAUGAAUUAUCAAAAGCGUUUAAGGAUGAGGGUAUGCUGGCAUACGUUAAUUUAAUCCAGAGGAGAGAAAAAGAACUCGGGGUGGAUGUUUUGACACAUCAGAAGUGGAGCGGUGCGUCGUAUAUUGAUGGGAUACUGGGCGCUAUUCAGAGCGGUAGUAGUAGUAGUAAGAGUAUGGGGGAUGGGAAUACUGAAGGUCAAUUUUGA